UUCAAUACCACACCAGCUGCCUAUUCAGGCAGCAUUCUCAGGCAUCAGAUGCGCGUGCAUCACCUUUGACUACCGCAUCCGGCUCCGUCAGCUGAGGCUCGUGUGAGCUAAGCCGACUUGACGGUCAAAAUGUUGUUGAGGUAGGCGGCUCGGUAGUUUUUGAGACGCAGCCGCGAUCUGAGCAUGUGCUAUUACUGCUGCAGUGGAGUAAAAUAUGUCACUUAUCACCGGACAGCGGCUGGAGGACACAGAGACGCACGCAAAUGCACACAUACGGGCAACCGGUGCAACGAUUCUCAGUGUAAUUUUGUUUAAAAAGCAAAAUGAUGCACGAAUUGUCUACAUCUACGGCGGAGGAGGAAUAACACGUACAUGAUAGCACAACAACCCAGCACCAAAGCUUGGAAGUCCUGCACUCCCCGACCUAUACAGACGGAGUUUAACAACACACAUCAAGGGAAAAGAAGGAAGAUGGUAACCAUGGCAACAACAGCGACCCCCAAACCACUUACGGCCCUCUCCCGGUGGUAUCUGUACGCCAUCCACGGCUACUUUUGUGAAGUCAUGUUCACGGCUGCAUGGGAGUUUGUGGUCAACCGCAACUGGAAGUUUCCGGGCGUUACUAGCGUAUGGGCGCUCUUUAUCUAUGGAACGUGCAUCUUGAUUGUAGAGCGCAUGCACCUUUGUCUGCGGGGCCGCUGCAACGUCCUGCUCCGCUGCAUCAUUUACACAUUAUGGACUUACCUAUGGGAGUUUGGUACAGGUCUGCUGCUAAAGCAGUUCAAUGCCUGUCCCUGGGACUACUCUGAGUUUAAAUAUAAUUUCAUGGGCCUGAUCACAGCAGAGUAUGCUGUGCCCUGGUUCUGCGCAUCCUUUAUCGUGGAGCGCCUGGUGAUACGCAACACGCUGCGCUUGCACUUCAACGAGGUUGCCGAACCCUGCCGGGCAGAAGAGCAAGAAAUGGGACAAAGAGGAGCCAGACUAGGAGCAACCAGCUCCAAUGGGUAUGUGAAGAUUGAGUGAAGCCACAUUGUCCACAUCGGAAAGAUUAGUCGUCUCUGACACUCUCCCAACACCCACAACUCUAUCCACACAUCUCUAUCUCUCACCCACCUGCUUUCGGGGAAAGAGUCGUUUGGACACAUCUGGCGUAGAGACAAUCGGACUGUGAUAAUCUUUUGUACAGCUGGCUUAUUUGGAGGAACAUUUGUUUGCCAGACUAGCGCACCAACAUACACUGCCCUUGAUUUGGGCAUCGGGGAGUUCUCAUAAAGGUUUGUUAGUGGGAGUGGCGUCCGGUGACAAACAAAUAACCCUCCACCUAUGCCUGUUCCACACCGUCCCUACCCAACCAGUCCAUCCACUUCAGAAACUCUGGGAGGAGACAAAAACAAAAUGAUUCGUGUUCCAUUGAGGCUAUGUCAUCUUAAUUACAUGAAAAAACAUGAACAUAGACAACACUUGUAGAGGGACGAAAAGAAAUAUAUCAAAUGCUUUUAAAAAGCUUGAAUAUACGAGCAGUGUCCAUGAUGUGUAUUUAGUAUCAAAUGCAAAUAAUUGUCAGGAUAAAAGCUUACCUUUUGAACUUUUGUUUGUGAUAUUUAUUAAUAUCUAAAUCUAGUUAAGGAAUAUUAUGAAAAUACUUCAAAUAUUGCAUUGUGUAUAUAUAUAUAUAUAUACAUAUAUACACAUGAAGAGUGUGGUUCCAAAAUGAUGUAACUCAACUUAAAAAAUCUUGUUUUUAUUAUAUUAUCAUGUUUUUAUUGUGUUUUGUUGUGUUAGUUGGCUGUGUGUUUUGAAUUACUAUGGCUUAAAUCAAAACCAACCUACAGCAGUUUGAUUGAUAUUAAUUGGAAUGAACAAUAAAAAACAUGAUUUUUAAAAAUCUCAUUUUGGAACCAAACUCUUCAUAUAUACUGUAUACCCUAAAGCAAUACCUUGUACUUGAAUUUAGUUUUAUACCGUAAAAAAUUGCAUCGGUGCUUGAACAUGCAUGAAAGUCGUCUUCCGCAUUUUCAUAUACUGUGAUCUGUAAAUUAGUUUCUUCCAUUUUUAACAUUUUCUUAUGGGCAUUAUCACAUAAUGAAGGAGUACUGUAUUGCUUUUACAUAGAUUGCUUAAACAGUAUCACGUCAUUACACUGGAGAGAGUUUGUUAGGAUUAGAUGUGUAAAUGAAGUGAACUGGUCAUUUUGAGAGAUCUGAUGAUACUGUAACAAUACAGACAGGUUCACUGACCUCAGGAAUGUCUAUGUUAUUUAAUUCACUUAUGUAUAUGUAAAGUCGCUCAUGUUGUGAAAAAAAUAGUAUGUCUAAUAUUUGAAAAUGUCAAUAUUACUCACAAUGACUUGAUAACAGCAUGGUAAUAGUUACAUAGUCUGCCAGAAAGCUUUGUUAAACAUCUGUAUUGGUUGGUGCUGCUGACCAAAAAAAAAACUGUAUUUAACCAUCUAAAUCACAUUUGUAUGAUCCAUUUCAAACUACGUCUGAAUAAAGGAAUGAAUGAUUUUA